CUAAUAAAUAUUUGGGAGCAUAACUACACAACAUCACUGGUGGGUCUGAAGUUGGAGCGUCAUCACCAUGGGGACACAAGGCUGCGGCAGGAAGCGUGCCCCCAUGAAAGAUCGGUUCUCAGCAGAAGAUGAGGCUUUGAGUAGUAUCGCACGAGAGGCGGAGGCACGGCUGGCAGCAAAGAGGGCAGCUCGAGCCGAGGCCAGAGACAUCCGAAUGAGAGAGCUGGAGAGGCAACAGAAAGAGCUCUCUUACCACCACCACUCCAGCUCCAGCAGCAGUAACAGAAAAUGGGGUCAGAUCCACCAGUGGAUGGCUGACUCAGAGAAGGCCCGGGCCUCUAGUGUCAGCAGGUCCAGCAGCCGCCAUCACCACCGGGGCAAAGACGAUGAUGUGAUGUCGGUGCGGAGCUACAGGUCCACCUCCUCAGCCUUACAGAACCUGGGCUCCAGUAAAAGUCGCUCUUCCUCUUCCCGUAAAAAAGACCUGCUGUCUGACAGCCUUUCCACCACCAGCUCUGCCCUCAAAAGCUCCCGAUCCACUAGUUCUGUGUACAAUGACCUUCAUGGUUAUAGAAAGUCUUCCUCCAAGAAAGAUUUACUGACGGGAUUGUACCACGAUCAAAGGAACUACACCAGCCUAACGAAGACCAAACCUGUCUCCACCACCUCGUCCUAUCAGCCGCGGACUGCUACUUCCACCAUCACCCCUAUCUCCUCUGCUGCCUCCACUGCUGGCACUUCACUGUCCCGUAGCCAGAGCAUGGCCUCUCUUUAUGACGACAACGGUGGUCUGUACGGCUCAGGCUACAGUUCACGAGCUCCCUCUGAGUACAGCUGGUACUCCUCUGGGGCCAGUUCCACCCGCAGCAGCCCUGUGUCCUCUGAUGACGACACCAUGAGCAGCGUGUCCCAGGAGCGCUGCGGCCGAGGACGCAGGGACAGUGUGUCUUCUGAUUUUUCGGACAUUAGUGAAUCUGCGGCUGACUAUUUCAGCCGAUCCAACCGCAGGGGCAGCAUUGUGUCUGAUAUCGACGAUUUGGCUGAUCUGGAUUCUCUGGAUGAAAAAUGUGACAAGCAGUAUUCAGAUUACAGCCGGCCAUCGUCCCGCUGUGCCACCCCUGGGCUCUCGGCCGCCACCCUCGCCUCUUUGGGGGGCACCUCGUCCAGACGGGGCAGCACAGACACGGGCAGCAUCUAUGACCCCGACACCAGUUUAAGUGAAAUGAGGGAUAUCUAUGAACUAAAGGACCAGAUUCAGGAUGUAGAAGGCCGCUACAUGCAGGGCCUAAAAGAGCUGAAGGAGUCAUUGACAGAAGUGGAGGAGAAGUAUAAGAAAGCCAUGGUGUCCAACGCACAGCUGGACAACGACAAAGCAAACCUCAUCUACCAAACGGACACGCUCAAAGACGUCAUCGAGGAAAUGGAGGAGCAGAUGUCUGAGAUGAAGAGAGAGCUGGAGGACAAGUCAAAGGAAUUAGAACGACAGAAGCACCAGUGUACAGUUCUGCAGCAUAAACAGGAAGAACUUAAAGAGGGGCUGCGUCAGAGGGAUGAGCUUAUAGAGGAGAACCAGCAAAUGCGGACUAAGUUAGACACCCUGACCCGUGAGGUGUUUGACCUCCAGGAAACGAUAAACUGGAAGGACAAAAAGAUCGGGGCCCUAGAGAGGCAGAAAGAAUACUUUGAUUGCAUUAGGAAUGAGAGGGAUGAGUUGAGAGAUGAACUGGCUGACAUCAAGGGGAAGGCCAAAGCAGGAGAGAAACACGGUCUGGUGAUCAUCCCGGACGGCACCCCAAAUGGCGACGUGAACCACGAGCCCGUGUCUGGCAUCACCGUGGUAACACAGGAGGCGGCGCAGGUGCUGGAGUCUGCAGGAGAGGGACCUUUGGACGUGAGGCUACGGAAGUUGGCGGAUGAGAAAGACGAACUGUUGGCUCAGAUCAGGAAACUGAAGAACCAACUGGAGGAGGAGAAGCAGAAACACGCAAAGAGCGAUGGCUACACGGACGGAGAGAGAGUGGAGAACGGCACAGACCUGCACUACAUAGAGAUGCAGAGAGAUGCAAACCGACAGAUUAGUGAAUAUAAAUUUAAGCUAUCUAAAGCAGAACAAGAAAUGGGUACGAUGGAGCAAAAUAUAAACAGACUUGAAGGGCAGGUGGCCAGGUACAAGGCGUCAGCCGAUAACGCAGAGAAAAUAGAAGAUGAACUUAAAGCAGAGAAAAGAAAACUACAAAGAGAGCUGCGCACGGCUUUGGACAAAAUCGAGGAGAUGGAGAUGACCAACAACCACCUCGUCAAACGCCUGGAGAAGAUGAAGGCCAACAGGAACGCGCUACUGUCCCAACAAUAAAAACACCCGCUCCCACCCGACCAGCCCCCUGCCCCUCUGCCCCCCACAGGCCCAUCCAUCCAAACAAACAAAUGAAUGAUGAACCCUAAACCUGCACCCUCUCUGUGACUGCCGAACCUCACCAGGAGCACAUCAUCGUAACUUGUUAUUUGUAGCUAACCAAAAAAAAACAAUCGUAGCACAGAAGAAAAAAAAAUGUCCCAGUGUCCAAUUUUCUUGUUUUGUCCUGCAGCGUUUGGGAGAUACAACAACUUAUAGAUGCACUGUGUGACUUUUCUGGUGCCUGCUUGUCUCCAUAGAGAUGUUAUUGCUUUGCUUGGAAUGUUCUGCAGUGUGGCAUUAAGUUACAGGUCAAGUUACAGGUCAGAUCUGUGGCGAGGUGACCCCACUCACCUGUUUUUCGAGGUAUUUUUAAUCAAUAAAACACUUGUAAUUGUAUAAAAGAAAGAUGGAUGUGUUUAAUGCCAUACUGUGGAACAUUUACGCAAAGCAGUAACGUCUCCGUGGUGACAGACAAGUUGUAUACCUUCCUCCAGAAAAGUUACAUAGUGUGUCUUCAGUAAUAAUAAUAAUAAACCUAUGAUAUUGCUGGGAGAUGCACUUUUUUGGACUUUUUAUUUGAAUCACUACUUAAUUUACAGGUAUUUGUACUACAUCAUGUUUUCUGCAUUUCUUUGCCUGGGUGCUUGGGCGUAUUUUGGUUGUUUUUUUUUUUUGAUAAGUUGCAUGAAUGACUCUUUAACAAAAGCUUUGUAGAGCCGCCUCUCCCCAUCCUCCCUCUCAGUAAAGUGCCUUCUUGCAUUAAGGAAAACUGGGGGUCCGCACCACUCCAUUGCUCAUUGUUUAAACAGGUACUAAAUGAUGAUGGUAUGUAUUUAAAGUAAAAAGGUGCAGUCGGUAUUUGCGACUAUAUAUAAUAGAGAAACAACUGUGUCUGCUGAGGUUUCAUGGAAAUUUUUCAGAUAUUUAAAAGAUUUCUUGAAAAUAAAUGUGUAAUUUACAAAUGUG